AUGGAGUGGAUCAUAUCUGUAUCCAAUGAUUUGGAUUUAAUGAAUAUGGAUCAAAGAAGUGAAGGAAAAUCUAAUUUGGACCAAAGUAUUUUGGUAGAUUCUGUUAAUGGAGGAGUGGAUACAAUUUUGGGACCAAAAAUUUCUGAUCCAAAUCACGUGAAAAGAAAAGGAGCUCCCCGAAAAUUACGUCAAAAAGGGGCACUAGAAAAGAUUUCUAAGAAAUUAAAGGUCUCGUCAAAACAAAAAAAUAUGGCAUCCUCUAAACCACAUGAAAGUGCCACAUAUGUUCAACCAAUGGUGCAGGCUAAUCUUCCCACCUUAGCUCCAAUGUCAUAUUCACAGGAGUUAUUUAUACCCUCUUUUGUUCCUAAUUGGGGAACUAAUGUGCUGGCAACAUAUGAGGGGGACAAAACGUCGAAGUCGUCAAUGUACUUGAAACUUAUGUCGUCUCCCAAUGAUGUUCUUGUGGAC